UCCCGUUAUUAAAAACCCAAUUUUUAUUUUCUGUGUCCAAACUCCAAACAACACAGCAUACCAGAGAGAGACAUCAGAGAGAGUCGUUCAUUCCUUGUUCUCUUUCCACCACCACCGAACAAACCUCCGGUCACCCCUGUCGGAAAAACCUCUCAAAUCUCUACAUUUUCCGGUAAGUACACUUCUCCUUCCGGUCACUUUUCCGGUAAACAACAACAACAACCUUGUUUUGUUGUUCCAAAUCCUGUCUCAUAGUACAACAUAACACAACACUAUUGUUUCUAUUUUCUUCAAUUUUGUUACUUCUUUGUUUCUCUUCAAACUUGUUUCUACGGUUUGGUGUACACUUUACGUUUACUGGGUCUUUACUCUUUCGUACCUUUUAUCAUUCUGCAACUGUAACCGUUACUGUCACGUUUUAUUUCACACUCUUAUAUCUUUUACCCAUUCCUUUUUAUCUUCAUUUUCAAAUCUACCCGUUACAAAAAACAAAAACUUUGAAACUGGGUUCUACUCUUUGUUUCCAAAUUUAGAAUCUUUCAUACUCUUAUUUUGUUUUUCCGAGCUUAAUUUCAGAUGGGUUUUUAGUUUGGAAGAAAAUGGAAGUUUCAUCCAAAAUGAGAGUGUUUUUUGUGUGCUUGUUCUUGCUGUUUCUGGUGACUGUGACAGCUGUGAAUCCGUCUUUAAACGAUGACGUUUUGGGGUUGAUUGUGUUCAAAGCGGAUAUACAAGAUCCGAAGGGAAAGUUAGCAUCUUGGAAUGAAGAUGAUGAAAGUGCUUGUGGUGGUAGUUGGGUUGGAGUGAAAUGUAACCCUAGAUCCAAUAGGGUUGUGGAGGUUAACCUUAAUGGGUUCUCUUUAUCUGGAAGGAUUGGACGUGGUUUACAACGUUUACAAUUUCUUCGUAGGCUUUAUUUGGCGAAUAAUAAUCUUACUGGGAGUAUAACCCCUAAUAUUGCUACUAUUGAUAACCUUAGGGUUCUUGAUUUGAGCAAUAAUAAUCUUUCAGGGGUUGUUCCUGAUGAUUUUUUCCGGCAAUGUGGGUCUAUGAGAGCUGUUUCUUUGGCGGGGAACAUGUUUUCAGGGAAUGUUCCUUCCAGUAUAGGUUCAUGUUCAGCUAUUGCUAGUAUUGAUUUGUCUGUUAACCAGUUUUCUGGUUCUGUUCCUAAGGAGAUUUGGACUUUGAGUGGACUUAGGUCUCUUGAUUUGUCUGAUAAUUUGUUGGAAGGUGAGGUUCCUGAAGGAGUUGAGGCGUUGAAGAAUUUGCGGAGCAUUAACUUGGCGAGAAAUAGCUUUUCUGGGAAGAUACCAGAUGGGUUUGGAAGUUGUUUGCUUUUGAGGUCUAUUGAUUUUAGUGAUAAUUCUUUCUCCGGUAACAUACCUAAUGGUUUGAAGGAAUUGGUGUUGUGUGGUUACUUUAGUUUGGGUGGAAACGCUUUCUCAGGAGAUGUUCCUGAGUGGAUUGGAGAUAUGAAAGGUCUUCAGACAUUGGAUCUUUCUCGGAAUAGAUUUUCUGGUUUGGUUCCAAACUCUUCAGGAAAUCUUUGGUCAUUGAAAACAUUGAAUCUUUCUGGAAAUGGUUUCACUGGUAAUCUUCCCGAGUCUAUGGCAAAUUGCACAAACCUCUUGGCCUUAGAUGUUAGCCAGAAUUCAUUGUCUGGAGAUCUUCCGUCGUGGAUUUUCAAGUCGGAUUUGGUAGGUGAAAACAAAAAGACUGGUAGGGUGAAAAGCUCUUUGUAUUCCUUGAAUGAAGUUCCUGUUCAGAGUCUUCAAGUGUUGGAUUUAUCUCACAAUGCAUUUUCUGGUGAAAUCACUUCUGCUAUUUCGGGUUUAAGCAGCUUGCAGGUUUUGAAUUUAUCAUAUAACUCUCUGACAGGCUAUGUUCCGUCAUCAAUUGGUGGUUUAAAAACAUGUUCUAGUCUUGAUUUGAGUAAUAAUAAGCUAAAUGGAAGCAUACCUCUGGAAAUUGGUGGAGCUGUUUCCUUGAAAGAGCUGAUUUUGGAAAACAACUUCCUUAUUGGGAAAAUUCCAAUCUCAAUCGGGAACUGCUCUUCAUUAACAACAUUGAUUCUGUCAAAGAACAAGCUGAGUGGGUCGAUACCUGCAGCAGUUGCAAAACUCACCAACCUGAAAACUGUGGACGUAUCAUUCAACAACCUUACUGGAAACCUUCCCAAGCAAUUGGGCAACCUUCCCAAUCUCCUGACCUUCAAUUUAUCUCACAACAACCUUGAGGGUGAACUACCUGCUGGUGGUUUCUUCAACACCAUUUCGCCUUCCUCUGUAUCGGGCAAUCCGUUUAUCUGUGGCUCUGUUGUGAACAAAAAGUGCCCUGUUAAACUCCCGAAGCCUAUUGUUCUGAAUCCCAACUUUUCUUCUCCUGACCUUGACCCUAGUUCGCCUACUCCAACUUUAGGUCGCAAAAGAAAUAUCCUCAGCAUUUCAGCACUCAUUGCCAUCGGUGCAGCUGCUUUCAUUGUAAUUGGUGUCAUUGGAAUAACUGUUCUCAACCUCCGUGUUCGGUCCACCGCAUCUCGAUCUCCAGCUGCCCUUGCUUUUUCUGCAGGGGAUGAGUUCAGCCGUUCGCCGACAACAGAUGCAAACUCCGGCAAGCUUGUUAUGUUUUCAGGUGAACCCGAUUUCAGCUCUGGAGCGCACGCUUUGCUUAACAAGGAUUGCGAGCUUGGGCGUGGAGGUUUCGGGGCUGUGUACCAAACAGUUCUUGGAGACGGGCGUUCAGUUGCUAUCAAGAAACUCACUGUGUCAAGCCUUGUCAAGUCUCAAGAAGAUUUCGAGAGGGAGGUGAAGAAAUUAGGAAAAGUCAGACACCAAAAUCUCGUCGAACUCGAAGGCUAUUAUUGGACUUCAUCGCUGCAACUCCUCAUAUACGAGUUUGUCUCACGUGGUAGCCUUUACAAGCAUCUCCACGAAGGAUCAGGCGAAAACUUCCUUUCGUGGAAUGAGAGGUUCAAUGUCAUUCUUGGAACCGCAAAGGCCUUAUCUCACUUGCACCACUCCAACAUCAUUCACUACAACAUUAAGUCAACCAACAUCCUUAUCGAUAGCUACGGUGAACCUAAAGUAGGGGAUUACGGCCUAGCAAGGUUGCUACCAAUGCUCGAUCGCUACGUCUUGAGUAGCAAAAUUCAAAGCGCACUCGGCUAUAUGGCACCAGAAUUCGCCUGCAAAACAGUGAAAAUCACCGAGAAAUGCGAUGUUUAUGGAUUCGGAGUUUUGGUUUUGGAGAUCGUGACAGGUAAGAGGCCAGUAGAGUACAUGGAGGAUGAUGUGGUUGUACUUUGUGACAUGGUUAGAGGAGCAUUGGACGAAGGAAGGGUAGAGGAAUGCAUUGAUGAGAGACUUCUAGGGAAGUUUCCAGUAGAGGAAGUGAUUCCUGUGAUUAAGCUUGGUUUGGUAUGUACUUCACAAGUACCAUCUAAUAGGCCAGAAAUGGGAGAGGUAGUUACCAUAUUGGAACUUAUAAGAUGCCCCUCAGGCUCAGAUGGACAAGAAGAGUUAUUGGGAUGAAUUGAAUUGAUGUUUUUCUUGAUUAGGAGGAGGUUAGAACAGGUUAUUCGGCGAAGAUGAAUCCGGUUUUUAUGAAUUAAUUAGACAGAGAAAUUGUUUUGUUUUCAUUUUGAAUGUAAAAUUUGUUCUUGUUUAUUACUAUUAGUCUUUAGUAGUUUGUUCUCUUAUUAAGAUUUCUCUGUUAUUGUGCUAUUGCUACAUGUAGGAUAUGCUGGAUUCUUUUUCACCGGGGUUCCAACUUGGAUCAUCAAAAUUUGAAAAUUGUUGAUGUUUGCUCAAUUAAUUAAUGAUGUUUCAUUUUCAUAGUCCAA